AUGGCAUCGAACUCAUCAACUUGGCUUCGACCACUUGAUCGCAAUGAAACAGCUUGUCUACAAAAAGGUUUCAAACCAAUACGUCUUAUCUAUACAGAACAGCCAUUAACUGCUCGAAUACUUGUAGAUGGUUCAAAAAUUCUGCCUGUUGAUGAUUUAUUACGUGAAUUCUUCUCUCUUCAUCGAAUGCUUCUAUCCAAAGCUCGACUUGAUGAUAUUGACAUAUGUCUUAUGCCUCAUUGUGAUAUUCGUGAAAUAACUGUAAAUCAAUUAACAAAGUUAAAUGGUCAUCAAGAACCUGUACUUCUUUUAACUGCACGUUCUAAUAGUGAAUAUUUACUUACGCGUGAUCUCGAAGAAUUAACAUUUCGUCAACAGACUGGUCUUAAUGUCGAUAUAUCUGUUCUAAAUAGUAUUAAACAGGAUAAUGAACGUCUACGUGAAGAAAAUCAUCAACAAAACGAACGUAUUGUUGAAUUAGAAAAACAAAUAUCUGAUCUAAUAACAAUUCACGAUGAAAUGAAACAAUUAUGUAAACAAUUUAAAAAUGAACUGAAGAAAAAUAUCGAUAAAAAUGAUGAAUACUAUAAAAACUUUGAAGAUUUAGAUCAAAAAUUGAACAAACAAUCAUUACGAGAACAAGAUGUUCUAGUUUCAACAAGAUUAAAAAGUGAAUAA